GUGGCACUUAAAAAACCGGAGGAUUUGAUAAUAAAAUAAAUUUUGAUCAUUCCCGUUCAACCCGCCGCAUAAACAACAUCGCAUCGGGGUUGAGAAACAGUUUUCAAAAAACAGUUGAAAAUGUCUGAAAAAAAGGAAUACGAGUAUGGACCGGUCGCGACCAAUGAGAACGGAGCAGAAGUAGACGCUGUCAGAUUUAACACCGAAUCCAACGGUGUUACGAUUUUGUCGCAAAACACGAUGGUCAGUCAACAGAACCACAACUCCCAGCCGGGUGACAAAAAGUUCCUCUAUCUAGCAGCAUGUGCAGCAAAUUUAGCCGCUUUCACUUGUGGGCAAGCGUUUGGUUGGACGUCUCCGGAAAUCCCCAUCCUAAAAUCAAACGGCACUGAAAAUCCAUUGGGCCAACCCAUCAACCCGUCCCAAGAAGGAUGGAUCGGUUCGUUUUUGCCCCUGGGGGCUAUGCUCGGCCCCUUUGCAGCUGGAAUGGUGGCCGACUCUCUGGGAAGAAAAAAGACAUUGUUGGUUGGAACAACGCCUUUUUUGGCCACUUUUUUACUAGGAGCGUUGGGUGGAAGCGUCAAUAUGUAUUAUUUGUCAAGGUUUUUGGCUGGUUUGGCUGUUGGAUGUAUUUUUACUGUGCUGCCGAUGUACAUCGGUGAAAUUUCUGAUAAUGAAACUAGAGGGCAGUUGGGCUCCUUCAUGCAACUUUUUAUUGUGGUUGGUUUACUGUUUUCCUACGCUUUGGGGCCAUAUCUACCCUUUGCAACUUUCAACUACAUCUGUUUAGGAAUUCCAGUCGUUUUCCUCAUAUAUUUCUUCAUGCGUAUCCCGGAAAGUCCCUACUUUUUGGUGCUUUCUGGAAACUGCGAAGCCGCCAUUGAUUCCUUGGUGAAACUGAGAUCGAAAUCAAGAGACAGCGUCCAGAAAGAAAUCGAGGAGAUCAAACUGGCUGUGGACGAUGCCACUACCAACAAAAAAUCAUUCUUCGACAUUUUCAAGGAAAGAAGUCUAACCAUGGCCCUAGUGAUUUCAGUGAGCUUGGUUGCCCUGCAACAAUUCUCCGGUAUCAACAUCGUCCUAUUCUACGCUCAAGACAUCUUCACAAACGCUGGCGUGUCUCUCGCUCCGGAAAUCUGCACCAUUUUGAUCGGAAUAGUACAAGUAAUCGCCAGUGGUGUAACCCCAAUGUUGGUCGAGAGAAAAGGCAAACGAUUCCUACUCUUGCUCUCUGCAGUUGGUAUGGCGAUCUCUCAGGGAGCUCUGGGAUACUUUUUCUACGUCAAAGAUGGCGGAAACGACGUCUCCAACUUAUCCUGGCUACCAGUUGCCAGUUUGGUUCUCUACAUCAUCGCCUACUGUCUUGGUUUCGGACCAUUGCCAUGGGCUGUGAUGGGCGAGUUGUUCCCAGGAGAAAUUAAGGCUGCAGCUUCGACUGUCACAGCUUCAGGCUGCUGGUUGCUGGGCUUCCUGAUCACCAAGUAUUUCAACGUGGUGACCGAGUUAAUCGGAACUGGAGGUUCCUUCGGAUUUUUUGCAGCUUGCUGUCUCUUUGCAGCUGGUUUCGUAUGGAAGUGCGUGCCAGAGACGUCUGGAAAGAGCGUACAAGAAAUUUUGGACAUUCUUGGCGGAAAUACAAAAGCGUAAUUUAUUGAUUAAAUAAAAUGUUUACUAAGAAAAUUAACAAAUUCCUUAUGACUAAAGUCACGUGAUACUUUAUUCCUAUUUUAAUUAAUAAUAAUUGAUUAUUUAUUGUUGUAUUGUUAAGUUUGUAAGAUUUUUUUAGAUUGUAGAAGGUGCGUUUUAAGCACUAUGAACAAAUUUUUGCAUUACGUACAAUUUUAUGUAAGAUUAACUGUAUUUGAUUUGUAUGUAAAUAAUAAACAGUAAUUUAUUAUAAAUCGUGUUUAAUUUUUAAAUUUUUAAUUUUA